AUGAUCCUAGCUGGAACAUACAUCCUUAAGAGAACAUACAUCAUUAAGAGAACAUACAUCACUAAGGGAACAUACAUCACUAAGGGAACAUACAUCACUAAGGGAACAUACAUCACUAAGGGAACAUACAUCACUAAGGGAACAUACAUCACUAAGGGAACAUACAUCACUAAGGGAACAUACAUCACUAGGGAACAUACAUCAUUAAGAGAACAUACAUCACUAAGGGAACAUACAUCAUUAAGAGAACAUACAUCACUAAGGGAACAUACAUCACUAAGGGAACAUACAUCACUAAGAGAACAUACAUCACUAAGGGAACAUACAUCCUUAAGAGAACAUACAUCAUUAAGAGAACAUACAUCACUAAGGGAACAUACAUCACUAAGGGAACAUACAUCACUAAGGGAACAUACAUCACUAAGGGAACAUACAUCACUAAGGGAACAUACAUCACUAAGGGAACAUACAUCAUUAAGGGAACAUACAUCAUUAAGGGAACAUACAUCACUAAGGGAACAUACAUCAUUUAGGGAACAUACAUCAUUUAGGGAACAUACAUCCUUAAGAGAACAUACAUCAUUUAGGGAACAUACAUCCUUAAGAGAACAUACAUCAUUAAGAGAACAUACAUCACUAAGGGAACAUACAUCAUUAAGGGAACAUACAUCACUAAGGGAACAUACAUCACUAAGGGAACAUACAUCACUAAGGGAACAUACAUCACUAAGGGAACAUACAUCAUUAAGGGAACAUACAUCAUUAAGGGAACAUACAUCACUAAGGGAACAUACAUCAUUUAGGGAACAUACAUCAUUUAGGGAACAUACAUCCUUAAGAGAACAUACAUCAUUUAGGGAACAUACAUCCUUAAGAGAACAUACAUCAUUAAGGGAACAUACAUCAUUAAGGGAACAUACAUCACUAAGGGAACAUACAUCACUAAGAGAACAUACAUCACUAAGGGAACAUACAUCAUUAAGAGAACAUACAUUACUAAGGGAACAUACAUCACUAAGAAAACAUACAUAAUUUAGG